GAUGAGGAAUAUGAUUAUUAUAUACUACUGGAUUGUAACGGAAAACCAUUGGAUGCUGUUCCACCAGCUCAAAAUCAACCGCUUGAAAUGCUGCCAUCGUCUUGUAAAGAACAGUUUGAAAGAAACAGAUCCUCACCAAAUGGCGUCUACAACUUAAAGCACAACGAAUCACUCCAGUAUUAUCCCGUUUACUGCAACAUGGCUGAAAUACACGGGUGCGGAGAAGGAGGCUGGACACUAGUAAUGAAAAUUGAUGGCAACAAGAAUGAGUUCAGCUAUGACUCUGCAUAUUGGACAAACAAGGAGACAUACAAUGUCGAAGGCGGUCUUAAAGGUUUGACGGAAGACCAAACGAAAUUGGCUUCUUACUGGAACAUACCGUUCAAAAAAAUAUGCCUCGGAAUGGAAGUCGACGAUGAAGAAAGAUGGACCGUGUUGAACUACACCGCAAUUUCGUUAUACGACGUAAUCGUCGACGGGUCUUUUAAAUCAACAAAAGCUGGAAGGAAAGCAUGGGAAUCUCUUAUUUUUGGUUCAGCUUUGCAGAAAAACUGCAAUCAAGAAGGGUUUAAUAUAAAAAUCGAAAAAUACUACGGUAAUGCCUCCACGAAUGUAAGGAUCGGGCUGGUGGCAAAUAAUCAAAACGACUGUAAGACUUGCAAUUCGUGUAUUGGCUUUGGCACUUUCAUGCGUGGGUGUUAUGAAGAUUCGCCAAGGAACACGUCUUGUGGUAACAUAGCUGUUUGUAGGGUUCUUAGUAAUAAGAACAUUGCAGCAUUUGGGUUCAUACUUGUGCAGUAGUUAUGACACCAUCUUGCCUCAACGUUAGCGGUUUAAACAAGCUUUCCCGUCUGGCGAUGAACUAAAGCAUAGAGACGUCUAAAGACGUCCAACAUUUUUAGUAGCUCCAAAG